CUCUCUCCUGCUCUUUAAAAGCAGCAACCUCUCUACCCUUCCUCCUCAUUACCAUAGCAAGAUCGAUCCAUUGUCUCCUCUCAAAGCACCCUCUUGUGUCACCCGGAGAAAGAAGCCUGCAAGUUCAGAGAAACUAUCGAUGGAGAUGAUGGCUAAUGCGAGAGACGAGGAACAGUACGGCCACCACAACCAUCUCGGUCUCGGUCUUGGGCUCAGCCUCGGCCUGAGCAUCGCCACCGCGGCUCCCGUCGAGCCGCCGCCGCAGCAGCGGGCUUUCAACGUCGUGCCCGUCUCCUCCCUCCCCGAGCCGCCGCCGCCGCAGCAGCCGCUGUGCUGGAACGGCGUCGGCGCCGGUCUCUUCUUCUCCCCCUCCUCCGGGAUGGAUCGAUCUUUAGAGAGGAAGCAGCAGGCGGCCGCAGCGGGGUGCCACAGCCACGAGAUGCCGUUCCUGCGGGGGAUCGACGUGAACCGGGCGCCGGCCGGGGAGAGUCGGAGGGGGAGCUGCAGCGAGGACGAGGAGCCCGGCGCGUCGUCGCCCAACAGCACGCUGUCCAGCCUCAGCGGGAAGCGUGGCGCGCCGGCGAGGAGCGGCGGCGGAGGGGACCAGGAGGGCGACCACACCCCGACGGCCUGCGGCGGCAGCGACGACGAGGACAGCGGCGCCGGCGGCGGGUCGCGCAAGAAGCUCCGGCUAUCCAAGGACCAGGCCGCCGUCCUCGAGGAGAGCUUCAAGGAGCACAGCACCCUCAACCCCAAGCAGAAGGCGGCGCUGGCGAAGCAGCUGAACCUGAAGCCACGUCAGGUCGAGGUCUGGUUCCAGAAUCGCAGAGCCAGGACGAAGCUGAAGCAGACAGAGGUGGACUGCGAGUUCCUGAAGCGCUGCUGCGAGUCCCUGACGGAGGAGAACCGGCGGCUGCAGCGGGAGGUGGCGGAGCUGCGCGCCCUCAAGCUCGUCGCGCCGCACCACUACGCGCGCGCGCUGCCGCCCACCACGCUCACCAUGUGCCCCUCCUGCGAGCGCCUCGCCUCCGCCGACGAGGUUGGCCGCGCGGCUCGCUCCGCGCCCACCAGGCCCUGGGGCCCCCUCCCCAUGCGGCCCAUGUUCGUCGACGGCCCGGCCCGGAGGUCAUGACUUGGACGCUCACACAGUGUCGGAAUUCGACUCGAAUUCAGAGCGUGUGAUUCGGAAAAAAGAAAAUAGACACGGAUGGGUUGCAGUAAUAGCCAUAGCUGGGUUGGUGGUUUGGUUAGUCACUAAUACGGCAUGAGAUGUGCUUGCUAAUUACUAAUCAGGGUUUGGUUUCUCUUCUCUUUUGUUUAUACCAGCAGUUUAGUUCUAUAAUCUUGAUUUUUUUGGCACUGUUUAUUCGGCUCAAAAUAGAUGAUGUCUUGUUUCUUGUACUCAUAAGUGAUGCAAUGGAUUUUUGUACUUGGCAUA